AUGGAGAAGCCCUCGAAAGUCUCUCGUGCCUUGAAGGCACUUGAGGUCCGACACGAACCUGGCCUUACCGAUGUCCAACUCAUGCUCAGCAACGAAGACCUGAAGCCCGUGGAACCCGAACGUAGACAAUGGGGUGCAUGGCACUUUGUCGCGUUCUGGAUGGCCGAUUCCUUCAACAUCAACACAUGGAUGAUCUCAAGCGCCAGUGUCCAAGACGGUCUCUCAUGGUGGCAGUCAUGGAUCUGUGUAUGGAUUGGAUACACCAUCGCCGCCGUCUUUGUCAUUGCCACUGGCCGCAUCGGAGCAAAAUACCACAUCUCUUUCCCUGUCGUCUCUCGAUCCAGUUUCGGUAUCUGGGGAGGCCUUUGGCCAGUCUUCAACCGUGCAGCUAUGGCCUGUGUAUGGUAUGGCGUACAGAGUUGGAUUGGUGGCAACUGUGUCGAACUCAUGAUCCGAAGCAUCUGGCCUAGCUGGGACAAAUACCAACAAGGUGGACCCAAGAACACAUUGCCCGUCUCUUCAGGCACCAACACUCGCGACUUUGUCAGUUUCUUCCUCUUCUGGGUAUGCUCCUUGCCUGCACUAUGGUUCCCUGUCCACAAGAUCCGUCAUCUCUUCGCCGUCAAGUCGGUUGUUGCACCUGCUGCUGGUAUCGCCUUCUUCAUCUGGGCUAUCGUCAGAGCACAUGGUCUUGGUCCCAUUGUUCGUCAGCCUGCUAAGCUUGAGGGAGGUGAGCUCGGAUGGGCUAUCGUCAAGGGUAUCAUGAGCUCUAUCGCCAACUUUGCUGGUAAGUCUGCUGCAUGUAUCAGUUGCAAAAGGAACACAUCACUAACCAUGAAUGAACANGCCUUGAUCAUGAACAACCCCGACUUCAGCAGAUUCGCAAAGCGUCCUGAGAGCGCCAUGCUACCCCAACUCAUCACCAUCCCCGUCGGUUUCGCCAUUACAUCCUUCAUCGGCAUCAUCGUCUCCUCUUCCUCUGCCGUCAUCUACGGCUCGCCCGUCUGGUCGCCCUUGACCCUCCUCGAGAACUUCCUCAACGAUGCCCAUGUAACUGGUGCCACGCGCUUCGGUGUCUUCGUCAUCGCUGCCGCCUUCUCCCUUGCUCAACUCGGUACAAACAUCGCCGCUAACUCUGUAUCCGCCGGUACAGACAUGACGGCAUUGUUCCCUCGCUUCCUGUCCAUCAGAAGAGGUUCCUACAUCUGUGCCAUCGUCGGCCUGUGCAUGUGUCCCUGGAACCUCAUGAGCUCGAGCAACAACUUCACCACCUACCUGUCUGCGUACAGUGUCUUCCUGUCCUCCAUUGCCGGUGUCAUGGUCUGCGACUACUACCUCGUCCGCAAAGGAUACCUCCAAGUCCGCAACCUGUACUCGGCCGACAAAACCGGACCCUACUACUUCACCUUUGGCGUUCAUUGGCGCGCCUAUGCCUCCUACAUUGCUGGUAUCCUCAUCAAUGUCGUUGGCUUUGCUGGCGCAGUGGGUCAAAAGGUCCCCAAAGGCGCAACAUACAUCUAUGACCUCAACUACUUCUGCGGAUUCUUUGUUGCCGCAGCCACGUAUUGGUGUUUGUGCAAGGUGUCGCCUAUCCCUGCGACCAGCGAGACUUGGCUUGAGGUUGACGAUGACGGCGAGCCUAACAGUUUGGCAUACGAUGGACAGUAUGACGAAGAAGCUGUUGGCGACAUGAUGGAGGAUGGCAAGAAGCCUGAUGCCAAGGUUGUACAGUACUAA